GAAACAUCAAAGGAAGCCUGCACCAGAGGCCUCCCAGGGUCUAUUUGGAAGCCGGCCUCCAUCCACUGUGUGAGACGGAAUGACACUCUCUACCAGUGUGCUCUCUUCACUGCUGCUGCUGGCGACUGUUGCAGGUGGGGCCUGUAGCCCGUGCAGCGAGGGGAGGACGUACGCCAAUGCCAUCAUUUCCCCGAACCUGGAAACGACCAGAAUCAUGCGGGUGCCUCAGACCACCCCCGUGGCGGACUGCACGGCCGCGUGCUGUGACCUGGCCAGCUGCGACCUGGCCUGGUGGUUUGAGGGCCGCUGCUACCUGGUGAGCUGUCCCCGCUCGCGGAGCUGUGAGCCCAGGAAGAUGGGCUCCAUCGGGUCCUACCUCACCUUUGUGCUCAGGCCGGCCCAGAGGCCCGCGCAGCUGCUGGACUACGGGGAGCUGAUGCUCAACAGGGGCGCCCCCUCCGGGCUCUGGGGGGACUCACCCGAGGAUAUCAGAAAGGACCUGCCCUUCUUAGGCAAAGAGCGGGGCGCAGAGGAGACGCCGGAGUACUCGGAUGACUACAGGGAGCCUGAGCGAGACCCCUUCCAGCCCCUCGGCAAGCGGCCGCCCGGAGCAGGUGCCCAGGACACCGACUGGGGCCCGCUCCCGGGUGGCCGGGUGGCUGGCAACUCCUCAGCGGGACACGGCCUUCCAGCCGCAGCCGAGAAGCAGGAGGACCCUGCGCCCCAUCAGCUGGACGAGUCAGCGCGGACCCCGGCCCUCAAACAGUCCUGGGAGAGCAGGUGGUGGCCUCCCUUGGUGACAGCUCCACCUUCAGGAGAGGCAUUGGGAAAGGAGACUUCUUUCCAGGAACAACCCGGCAAUAGCUCUGGAAAAGAGGUUCUAGUGCCUUCCCAUCAUCCUCCUCUAGCCAGACCGGAAUUCAGCCCAGCCUCCACAGAGAAGAGCCCACUUCUCACAGUCCCCACACGGAGCCCAGAGCAUGGCGCCCCAACCACUCCCACUAGCCUCGUCCCCGCUGAGCCCACCCCACGAGAGCAACCUGCGUCUCUGACCACUGCUCCCAGGACAGCGGGAGAACUCACGGUGUCCGCCGGGCCGAACCUGGUCGUGACUUUACCGGAGGACGCAGUGGAGCUGAAGGCGGUCGUCGUGCCAGCGCCACCUGCAGAAACCUCCUACAGCUAUGAAUGGAGUUUAAUAAGCCACCCGGUAGACUACCGAGAGGAAAUAAAGGAAAGACACACGCAAACUCUUAAUCUCUCUCACUUGUCAGCAGGACUUUAUGCCUUCAAAGUAGCGGUUUCUAGUGAAAAUGCCUUUGGAGAAGGAUUUGUCAACGUCACCGUGAAGCCAGCCAGAAGAGUCAACCUGCCCCCUACAGUGGUUGUUUCUCCCCAGAUGCAAGUGCUCACCCUGCCUCUGACGUCAGCCUUCAUCGACGGCAGCCAAAGUACGGAUGACGCUAAAAUCGUGAGUUAUCGCUGGGAAGAAAUUCGUGGCCCCUUCCGAGAGGGGAAGCCCGCAGCUGACUCCCCGGUCCUACGUCUGUCUAACCUCGUUCCCGGAAACUACACUUUCAGAUUGACUGUUACAGACUCGGAUGGAGCCACUAACUCCACAACUGCAGCCCUAAUAGUCAACAGUGCUAUGGACCAUCCUCCAGUUGCCAAUGCAGGACCAAAUCAGACCAUAACUUUGCCCCAAAACUCCAUCACUUUGAAUGGAAACCAGAGCAGUGAUGAUCACCAGAUUGUCCUCUAUGAGUGGUCCCUGGGUCCAGGGAGUGAGAGCAAAGAGGUGGCCAUGCAGGGCGUCAAGACACCCUACCUUCAUUUGUCUGCCAUGCAGGAAGGAGACUAUAUGUUCCAGCUGAUGGUGACAGAUUCUUCAAGGCAGCAGUCCUCUGCUGUGGUCACUGUGUCUGUCCAGCCUGAAGGCAACAGGCCUCCGGUGGCUGUGGCCGGCCCCGACAAGGAGCUGGUCUUCCCAGUGGAGAGCACCACCCUGGAUGGCAGCAGGAGCACUGACGACCAGGGCAUCGUCCUCUACCACUGGGAGCACAUCAGAGGCCCUGGUGCUGUGCAGAUGGAAAGUCCCAAUGACGCCGUAGCCACUGCGCGCGGGCUCCAGGUGGGAACCCACCGCUUCCGUCUGACGGUGACUGACAGGCAGGGGCUGAGCAGCACGACCACCCUCACUGUGGCUGUGAAGAAGGAAAAUAACAGUCCUCCCAGAGCCCGCGCUGGUGGCCACCAUGUGCUUGUACUUCCCAAUAACUGCGUUACUUUGGACGGUUCGAGGUCUACGGAUGACCAAGGAGUUGUGUCCUACCUGUGGGUCCGGGAUGGCCAGAGCCCAGCCGCUGGGGAUGUCUUUGAUGGCUCCGACCGCAGCGCGGCCUUGCAGCUUACCAAUCUGGUGGAGGGCGUCUACACGUUCCGCCUGCAAGUUGUUGACAGUCAGGGGGCCUCGGACACGGACACGGCCACCGUGGAAGUGCGGCCAGACCCCAGGAGGACUGGACUGGUAGAGCUGAUCCUGCAGGUGGUCGUGGGGCAGCUGACCGAGCAGCGCAAGGACACCCUCGUGAGGCAGCUCGCGGCCCUCCUGAACGUGCUGGACUCGGAUGUUAAGGUUCAGAGGAUCCAGGCCCACUCAGACCUCAGGUGUGAGCUGCACACCUGUCCAGCAGGCACCGUGAUUGUGUUUUAUGUCCAGAGUGGGCCGCCUUUCAAGGUUCUCAAAGCUGCUGACGUGGUCCGAAAUUUGCACAGGCAGCUCUCAAAGGAGAAGGCCGAUUUCUUGCUUUUCAAAGUCUUGCGGAUCGACACAGCAGGCUGCCUUCUGAAGUGCUCUGGCCACGGUCACUGCGACCCCAUCACGAAGCGCUGCGUGUGCUCCCAGCUGUGGACGGAGAACCUGAUAGAGCGUUACAUCCGGGAUGGGGAGAGCAACUGCGAGUGGAGUAUAUUCUAUGUGACGGCGUUGGCUCUCACUGUGCUGGGGCUGAUCGGGGGCUCGCCCUGGCUUUGCUCCUACUGCUGCAAGAGACGAAAAAGGACUAAAAUAAGAAAGAAAACCAAGUAUACCAUCCUGGAUAACAUGGAUGACCAGGAGAGAAUGGAGCUGCAGCCCAAGUAUGGCAUUAAACACCGAAGCACAGAGCACAACUCCAGCCUGAUGGUGUCCGAGUCUGAGUUGGACAGUGAUCAGGACACCAUCUUCAGCCGAGAGCGGAUGGAGAGAGGGAAUCCGAAAGUCUCCCUGAACGGUUCCCUCAGAAAUGGAGCUUCCUUCAGCCCCUGCUCCAAGGACAGAUAACGGAGUAGUUUGUAAGCUCGAGGGCCACCUGCAGGAAUCGCUGAAUCCAGGACCAGUGAAUGGGAUUUAAAACACAGAACUAACUCAUGUUAGAACCGUGCGGUAAUGUCCUUUCACACUGGGCUGGAUGUGUGUCCCUGUAUUUAAAAGAUCUCUGCUUGGGGUGUUUGAGACAUGAAACAAAGCAGAGACAUUGGUCUUUUAGCAGAGAUGCUUGCUCAUAGGGAUGAAGGUUGGGGAAGAUGCUGGGUAUGUCCUUAAAGGAGUUUUGUGGCUAACACCGUAUUUAUAUGACCUGUGUGAAAAUAACAACUACCCCGUGUCCACCUGCAGACCUUUAGGUAAGUUAAACACACGGUUAAAGAGGACUGAUUGCUCUCCGGAGCCGUGUUGGUCUUUGAGGACGACGUUCCGAACGCUGUUUCUUUGGUAGGACGCACACACUCACAUGGCUGUAUAUAUUACAGUAGCUUAUUUGAGGUGUGGGUUGUGGUCUGUGUACCGAGUUUUCUGUGCUGACCGAGACACCCAUACGCAGCAAAGCCCCCCAGUAUGUUUACUCCUUGCUAUGGCCAACCACGGUUUCUGUGCGCUCUGUAGGCUGCAGCUCCUGGGAAUCUGAGAGCUGAGUAAGAAUCGUGUGAAGAGGACCAGAGGCAUAGCAAGGGAGGUGGGGGCGUAAUGAUAGGUGGAAAAUUGAAGGUCACAUGGUAACAUUCUUUGCCUUUUCUUUCUCCUAGAAACACAAAUACCCUGAAGCCUCUCCUAGCCCCAGUGUACAUUAAACACGAUAAAAGUGAUUAUUAACCGGCGGAACAUUUAUUAUAUCCAUAGGCCAUGCAUUUGGAUUGCCAUAGAUAGGGAUAAUGACUCAGCAACUUUGUACAUAUUCUCAAACUCAGAAAUAUGGUCCUUCCUUUUUUUUUUUUUUUUAAGAUUUUAUUAAUUUAUUUGACAGAGAGAGAGACAACACAGGUAGGGGGAGUGGGAGAGGAAGAAGCAGGCUCCCAGCGAAGGAGCCUGACGUGGGGUUGGAUCCCAGGACUCCAGGAUCACGCCCUGAGCCGAAGGCAGACGCUUAACGACUGAGCCACCCAGGCGUCCCGGUCCUUCUUAAUUAGGGUGGUAUGCUCAUGGUAAUUGGCCCCUACAGACACUUUCCAUGGUAACAUUGCCACAUUCACUUCAUAUGUUUAAACAAAUGUAUUAAACCUUUUUUUUUUUUUGCCAAAUAAAUCUGAUUUUAAAUUUAUAGGGAAAAAAAACACAAAACCAUCCCUAACCAAAGAGCACCCCAGAGCAGUGACCUGGAGUGAACUGUAGCCUAAGGAGAUGGCUGGUUCACGGUGGUUCUCUGUCCUUCCACAGUCCCAAGGCUGGUGGCCUGGGAGGUGCCCUUGGCAUUCUUCGGAAAGAUUAGAAUAGAGGUGGGGCACAUCACAGAUAGAAGCAGUGUUGUGGCCUCAGGCGUGAACACGCCUAAAUAGUAUCCUGGUGCCCAAGUUUCCGUGAAACUAGGAUUGCUUUAUCAUGAUUACGUGGAAAAACAAGACGAUUAAACCACCGGGUUUAAACCAUCAGGCCAGGACCAAGAGAGAAAGCUGUGGGUCCCUGAACGAAAUGAAGCUUGCAGGUGCUUUUGUCCUCUCUGGUCAUAUUUAUCCUCAUGGGAUCAUCUUCUUUUUAAUGUUGGUACUUUCUGGGGGAUGGCAGAACUAAAGAGUAUGUAAGACUGUAAUUUUAUUUAAAAAAAUAAGUUCUUGGUUUAUGCCUCCACUUUCUGUAUUGCUAUUCAGUUCAAUCUACUAUCUGUGAUGUUAGAAAGAAGAUGUGAUGGUUUUCACACCAAUAUUUAUCUUCACAAACUUAAUAUCUGGCAUACCUAGUGAACAGAGUUAUGUUGUUUUGUGUACAACCAGAAAUUUCUGGCUUCAAGGAAUGCAGAAUAGGAGGUGGGUAGAGUGCAAUGAUGAAGAAGGGAGCGAACGUUUGUUAAGUGCUUAACGUGCAUAAUACAUGUAUUAUAUAUACCCAACUGGUCCUUACAGUCAACCUUGAAAAGUAGAAAAUAUUAUUCUCAUGUUGCAGAGAACGACCUGGAGUCCCAGAGAGGUUAAGCCGUUUGUGCAAGGUCACACAGCCAGAGUGCUAGAUCUGGGAACUGAAUGCAAAUUUUUCAAGCUGUAAAGCCCAUGCUUUCCCCCUCCUCCCUGAAGACACAAAAAACUCCCACCUUCAGCUGUUGGACAGCAAAUUCUGGCGGGCCUUUUGGACCAUUUGUUCCUGGGACCCAGAGAACUUCCUUCAGAUGGUGGAGGGAACACAGGAGACAGAGAAGCUUCCCUCGUCCCUCCUGUGCGAUCGCACCCUGUGCCACAGCUCUGGGUUUCAGAGUGCCGCUUCUGCCCCCCCUGGCCUCCCUUCCCCGCAGGUGCACCUUGACCUCUAGUGCACCCGGAGGCGGUCCGCCGUGGGUACCUCUCGGGCCACGGGCCGGGCAGAGCUCGGGGUGAAGAAGAGCCACCUGCUGCCUGCCCUCCCAUGCCACAUCCCCAGGGCCAGUGGAGAGAAGUGUUCAGAGAAGCCCGCCCAUGAGACCCUUCCAGCUAGUGCAGGAAGUGACCUGGGUACUAAGAGGCCAGUCGUGUUUGUGACUGAAGAAUGCACCUAAAGACGUGCCGCGGGUGCGGCUCCUCAGCCUGGGGCUAGAGGGUCCCGGACGGUCCGGGUCACCCUGCGCUGGAAGUUAGUUCCCGGGUCUGACCAGGUCUUACUUAUAGGGCAGCACGUAUGAGACAUGGCCAAUCUAAAUAAAGGUGUUUGUAUUUCCGUAACGCCUUGUCAGAGCUGGGGGCUUCGCGUGAGGGGCUUCCCUUGGGUGGGGUCGCCAAGCUGACCUACAACCUGUUUUGUGCCGCCCUCGAGCCAACAGCGGUUUCCAAAUGUUUGGGGGGAAAAUCGUAAGGCUGUCUUGAGACUUCGGUGGAGUUUGGGUUUCAAUGUGCACAAAGAAAGCUGUGAUGGAACACCCACCCCUCGCUCCUGCUUCUGUGGACAUCAGUGGAGCAGUCUCCAGAGCCUGCCCCAGCCCCAAAUAUCCACUGCCUGGCCCUUCACAGAACAAUGUGCCCAGGCCCACGUCCCGGCACUUCCUACCUUCUUCAAUGCACUCAGCACGGAGUCUGCUGGAGAUUCUCUCUCUGCCCCUCCCCUUGCAUGUCUGCUCUUUCUCUC